GACAAUCUGUAAAAAUUUUAUCCUUUUCUAGUUUUAAGUAGGGUGAGGCUAGAGAGAGAGAGAGAGAGAGGAAAUGCCCCACACCUAUCCGAUUUCAAUCUCUUUCGUUCCUUCAGCCCCCAAAACUCAAGCUUCCCAUUUUCAAAUUCUCUAGAGAGAGAGAGAAAGAGAGGAUCGGUAUACAUUACAGUACCAGUAAUGGAGGGGAUAGUGGGUUUCCUAUGUGGUAUUUGGUUGCUUUUACUCGUCCACUGCAUUGAAGCAUCAUCGUUGCUUUCAAACAGUAGCAGCAGCAGUGAACAUCAUCACGACGUCUACACGACAUUCCUGCUUGCCAAUGGAGUCGGCCGUACUCCUCCAAUGGGAUGGAACAGCUGGAAUCACUUUCAGUGUCAUAUCGAUGAAUGGACGGUUAAGAGAACCGCUGAUGCUCUGGUUUCAACGGGUUUGGCUGCACUUGGAUACAAAUAUGUAAAUAUCGAUGAUUGUUGGGGAGAAGCGAGUAGGGAUUCAAGAGGGAACCUUGUGGCCCGAGCCUCUACUUUUCCUUCUGGCAUCAAAGCUCUAGCAGACUAUGUUCACAGCAGAGGUUUGAAGCUUGGGAUAUACACAGAUGCAGGUUACACAACUUGCAGCAAAACCAUGCCAGGCUCCCUAGGGCAUGAAGUGCAAGAUGCGAGAACAUUCGCCUCAUGGGGUGUCGAUUAUUUGAAGUACGAUAACUGUUACCAUGAUGGAUCAAGGCCUCAAUACAGGUAUGCAAGGAUGAGUUACGCAUUACGGAAGGUUGGCCGACCCAUUUUAUACUCUAUAUGUGAAUGGGGUGAACAGAAUCCAGCAACAUGGGCUGGUAGCUUUGGAAAUGCAUGGAGAACAACAGGCGACAUUCAAGACAAGUGGGAGAGUAUCACAACAAUUGCCGAUGAAAACAACAAAUGGGGAAGAUUUGCAGGUCCAGGAAGAUGGAAUGAUGCUGACAUGUUGGAAGUAGGCAAUGGAGGAAUGAGUUUAGAGGAGUAUCGCUCUCACUUCAGUAUAUGGGCACUUAUGAAGUCUCCUUUACUCAUCGGCUGUGACAUCCGAUUUGCAAGCAGACAGACUCUUGCAAUCCUCAGAAAUAAGGAGGUGAUUGAUGUUAAUCAAGAUCCACUUGGAAUUCAAGGGAGGAAAAUUAGAUCAUUGGCUGGUCUCGAGGUUUGGGCAGGAGCCUUGUCAGGGAGACGGAUAGCCAUUGUGUUAUGGAACAGAAGUGGUUCUCAGGCUCCCAUAACAGUGGGUUGGAGGGAAAUUGGACUCUCCCCAUAUACACCUGUAGUAGUCAGAGACUUGUGGGUGCAUUCAUAUGUGUCAAAGAGUUUGCGUUUCCGGCUGACGGCGUUUGUUGGUCCUCGUUCUUGUAAGAUGUAUGUACUCACCCCAGCAUGAAUUGUAUGAAUGAAGAAGAAGAAGAAAGAAGGAGCCUGCCUACAAUUUAGUAAAGAGGAAUUUUAGGAUCCCAUUUCUUUAGAUUUCAGUUUGUUUCAAGUGAGUUCAAUGAAAUAAUCCCGACUGCUGGGUCUAUUAAGGCCCACUGUGGAUGGACCCUGCCCUGAAAAUAUCGUCAAUAGGAUAAUUCCGACCAUUCAAUUUGUCACCUGCUGGUAGAUGGCUGAAACUAAAUGUAGCAAUGGUCCAUCUUCAACUUAGAAAAGGCCCGUAAUUGGUGGCUUGAUUCUUCUGAACUGGGAGAUCUGUUUCAGCAUGAUCUAUCUAGGGUGUGCUCAAUGGACUGAUCGUCUGGAUAGCUGAAUGAUUGGGACCCACUUGUACAAACUGAAAAACCCAGUAUAGUGCGCAAAUCCUUGUGCCGGGCAUCAUUGAAAUCCUCUUUAUUAAGUAAAUGAUAAAUAAUGCAGUAGAUUUCCAUAAAAUAAUUAGUAAUAAUGCACUACAUAUAAAUUGUGCAUUUUAUUAUUUUUUU